CAAACCACAACAACGAAAAACGCGUGGUGCAGCACUCCAAGAAUGGUAUUUGAAUUCACAAGGUUGGAUUCCUUUAACAGACCUAAUCUUGAUUGAACAUACUAAUAUAUCUGAUGACACAUUAUCUGGGUGGCCUAACUAA